GUGGGAGCUGUCGGAGCUCGGAUCGGGACCCGCUUCCUCGCAGCCCUUUCCCCAACCCGAGAGGCGCCAAGCGGCCUCCCCAUCUGGAUGUCAAUGCCCGCUUGCUGCCGUGUUCACCUCCAACAUGAUGUGCUGCUGACGUGGCCUGUCAGGAUCAUCAGAACCCUGUUUGUUCUCAGAAAGGGUCUCUAGAACCUAGGGGAUGUACAACGAGAGCCUCCUACAGCCCGGAUUGGCCCUGGGGCUUGCCGUCAUGGAUUACAACAAUGUCACUUGGCCGGAUUAUCCUUUGCAUCUCUUCCCUGCACCAUUGCUUACCGGUGUCACCAUCACCUGCAUUUUGCUCUUUGUGGUUGGCAUUCUCGGAAACUUGAUGACCAUGCUGGUGGUUUCCAAGUUUCGGGACUUGAGGACUACCACCAACCUUUAUCUUUCCAGCAUGGCUUUCUCUGACCUUCUGAUCUUUCUCUGCAUGCCCCUGGAUCUCUUCCGACUCUGGCAGUACCGGCCCUGGAACUUCGGGGACCUUCUGUGCAAGCUCUUCCAGUUUGUCAGCGAGUGUUGCACCUAUUCUGCCAUCCUCAACAUCACCGCCUUGAGCGUGGAGAGGUAUUUUGCCAUCUGCUUUCCGCUCAGGGCCAAAGUGGUGAUCACCAAAGGCAAAGUCAAGCUGGUCAUCCUUGUGUUGUGGGUGGUGUCCUUCGUCAGUGCCGGCCCAAUCUUUGUCUUGGUUGGGGUCGAGCACGAGAAUGGGACAAAUCCCUUGGACACCAAUGAAUGCCGGGCCACAGAAUAUGCGAUCCAAUCAGGGCUCCUGACCAUUAUGGUGUGGACCUCUAGUGUCUUUUUUUUCCUGCCUGUCUUUUGCUUGACUGUCCUCUACAGCCUGAUUGUGAGGAAACUCUGGCAGAGAAAAAGAAAGGAUAUUGGACCAAAGACCUCCAUUAGGGACAAAAACAAUAGGCAAACAGUGAAAAUGUUAGCCGUGGUGGUCUUUGCCUUCAUACUCUGUUGGCUGCCUUUCCACAUAGGACGUUACCUGGUUUCUAAAUCCUUUGAAGCCGGGUCCUUGGAAAUUGCCAUCAUCAGCCAGUACUGUAACUUGGUUUCCUUCGUCCUCUUCUACCUGAGCGCUGCCAUCAACCCAAUCCUGUACAACAUCAUGUCCAAGAAAUACCGGAUAGCAGCUUACCGGCUUUUUGGAAUCAAGCCAUACGUGACGAGGAGACUCUUGGAAAGCAAAGAGGGUGGAUCUCGGACAUGGACGGAAUCCAGCCUCAGAGCGACAUGACAACAGAGGUGGGACUCAUCACCCCAAAAGCCAUAAACGAAAGAACCAAGAUGUUCAGGCAAAAGGAUGCUGCGUUCUUUGUUUUUCGUACUCGGAAAUGGCUGGAAACGGAAUGCAGAAAGUGGCUUAGGGAAUGAAGAAGCAAGCCAGGUGGCGAGGAUGUUGUGCUAGAAACCCAAGCACAGUAACAAUCAGGACAGGUGUCAUUUUGAGAGCUGGGAUUCUGAAAUUAGACACCGGGAAGGGUUCUAGUUUUGUUACAGAUAAAAAUGUAAAUAUGAGAUCUGUCAGCUGCAUGUUCAAAGGGCUGGUUUUGACCACAUAUCAGCACUGAGGCGCAGCAUUUUUGAGGAACAACCAACCAAAGGGAUGUUCCCCACAGUAUGUCAGGUGCCUUUCAGGUACUCCUUGGAUUGGGUUAAAGUGCAGAGAUGCUCCAGGGAUCCAGGGACAGGCUGUGAAACUCUAGGAGGUUACACAUGGCUCACUUCCUGUUCCAGUUUGAAAGGUCCCUCCCACUUGAGUGGCAGGACCCUGACAAGAGAGCAGGAGCAAGGGUCUUCUAUCCCCACUACUCUAUGGGCCAACGCUAUCUGCCUGGCAUUGGUCCCCACCUAGUCAAUUUGCUAAUCUUGCUGCAUUGGCAGGGGCACCCUUGACAUCCAUCAGUCAAGGGAAUAGGAAAUAUGAGUCUUGUGUCCAGAAUGGGUGGUGAGGGUUGAAGGUUGAGCAUGGGGUUACAUAUACACCAGUGUCGAGCCCAGGGGAGGUGAAAGUUCAGCAAGCCACUUGGAAAGAAGAAAGUGCCCCAGGGAAUCUAGCUGAAUGACUAAGCCA